GGAAGAUGAGAGUAAAUAAAUAGGGGACGGGCAUUUCGUCGAAAGAAUUUAGUUUUCUGAUAAGAUAGCUCCAGUUUAUGGAAGAAGGAAAUUAAAUAGAGUUCCCCUUGCCUUAGGCGGAGUGGAUGUGAGCUGAGUGUUUAGUGUAUGUGAGUAGGCGUAUUCUUCCUACAGAAGUGGUUGGCUGCAAAAUGUCCAGAGGUCUAGGUUCAUAUCAUUGUGUACUGAGAUGUGGGGCUCUGCUUUUCAGACCUUCGGCAAAACUGUUUCAGAGUAAAUCUUUGCAUCUCAACUGGAAUGGAAACUGUCCCAUCGCCAGGCCCUUUGCUGUAAAAUGGCAUUCCACAGGACCGGUGAGUGAUGUCAUCACACAGAUGAAGUCUCAAGGCGUCUCUGAUAUAAUCCCUCGAGGGAUACAUCUGGAGAUAACUUGGAAUGACGAAACUGCCAGUCGCUUUUACAGCUUAUGGCUGCGUAAAAAUUGUCAUUGUCGGUUGUGUCGGCACGACAACGGACAGCUUCUUUUGCCAAGUUUUUCGUUGCCCGAGUCUCUAACAGUCAAAUCAGCCAGCAUCAAAUCAGAGAAUGGAGCUCUAAACAUUGAUUGGAAUGAAGAGGACCAUGUGACGACGAUACCUCUACAAUAUCUUAAAGACAACUGUUACUCUGAUAAGUCAUUGCAAAAGGAGUCCAAGAAACUGGAGGUAUCAGUGUGUCAGGAUUUAAGAGAACAUCAUUAUGAAGAUUUACUCUCCGCUAAAGACAAUGACAACAGCUUCCUCACAGAUCUGAAUGAAGUUGGACUAGUUCUAGUCAAGGGAGUUCCCCAAGAACCUGAUAAAGUAAACAAGGUUGCAGAGAUUGUUUCCCAUGUGCAAGAAACAUUUUACGGCAAGUCUUUCAGUGUAGAGAGUACAGAGAAUGCAAUCAACCUUGCAUACACUCCUGAUGCUUUGGAGCUACAUAUGGAUCUGGUUUACUUCCAGUCUCCACCAGGAUUGCAACUACUUCAUUGCUUAAGAUUUGAUGAGCAAGUGGAGGGUGGAGAGAGUGUUUUUCUUGACUCGAUCCUCGUAGCUCAAGAGAUGCAGCAGAACUAUCCCGAAUUGUUUGAGACACUCCUCAGGGUCCCAGCUACAUUUCAGAAGAUUCAUUUUGACAGGGAGGUCCCUGCAGCUUACAUCUACCGAAAACCACAUAUCACUGUUACUCCAGAAGGCAAGAUAAACUCAUUAAUUUGGUCUCCGCCAUUUGAAGGGCCUCUCAGAGUCCCAGAGAAAGAUGUGGAGCCGUACUACAAAGCUUACAGAAAACUUGCCGAGUUAAUAUACAACUCUAAACAGAAGAUCUCUAAAAGACUCCAGCCUGGUGACUGUAUCGUUUUUAACAACAUUCGCAUACUCCAUGCACGCCAUGCAUUUAUGUUGAAUGGAGGGAAGAGACAUCUCAUGGGAUGUUAUGUUAAUAUCGAUGACUUCAAAAGUCGUGUCCAAGUGGUGCACAUGAAGAAGGGAUCUGGCACCAUGGCUAAACGAGUGAACAAUGGAGACUGGUCAUAAACGCCAUGGCAGAGCUGAAACUUGUCUUGAAAGUAUAAUUUAUAACGCGACAAGUAAUCAUUCUCAGGACAUUUACAGGGCGGUUGGAUAGGCUUAGUGGUAUUAUCUUUCCCCACCUUUCACCUCUAGGAUCCUGGUUCGAACCCAGCCAAGGGCACUGCGGGAUUGGGCUUAGUUUUCGUCCCUACCUGACUGCAUCCAUCAUGUCCAUGGGUAUUUCCUGGAACAUUUGUAUGGGGUUUUCCUCGCACAUCUUGUCUUCUAUGUAUGGGAAUCUUGGCUUGUGUAGUAAUUAUAAGUUCACUUUUCUGAGAACCCUUGGCUUCAGGACCAAAAUUAAUAAAAAACAAAACAAAUUAUAAAGUACUUCUGCUAUAUAAAAAAUACCUAAUGAUAAAGUUUCUAUUUUGUUACAUGUUUGUCACACUACAGGGUGUCACAAUUUAUGUAAACGCGGUAUACAAUGUUGCUUAUUUGCACAGUACUUCAGCUGUUUUCAGCUGUUUUUCAGCUGUUUUUCAUGGUUACAUCUUAGUGUGUAGACUAUAAAAACUAUUAAAUACUCAUAGAUCAAAGCUAAAUUUAUGUAUUUUGUAAACACUAAAUAGUUGUCUAUCUAUCUAUCUAUCUAAUUUUCUACCGACAAAGCAAGGCGUUUUCUUGUGUGUAUUUUUAUAAGAUGUUCACAAUGCAGUGUGAUUAACACAUAGAGUUAUAUAUAAGAACUAGAGCGCGCACUGGCCUAUAUACGCGCCCCGGUAUGCGAGCAGGCGACCA